UAUUUCUUAAACUGAACUGGUUGGUGCAAUUUAAGAUUGAAGUGCCAAGUUCAGUUAGAGCGUUACUCUCCAAUUAACCAUGUUUCCCCCUCAAUUCUCAGAUCUCGGUAAAGAUGCACGGGACUUACUCUUUAAAAAGUUUUAUUUUGGACUAUACAAUAUUCAAUGCACGACAAAGAAAAAUGAUAUCGAAUUUAAGGCCAAUCUUAGUGACGGGCCUAAACCAAAUAAGAUGUACUUCGACCUACAAGAAAAAUUUUCUCUCUCACAAUAUGGUUUAACCAUAUCAAAAAGGUGGUCCUCCAACAAUCUCAUUGAUGGAGAAAUAGUAUUUGAAGACAAAUUACUUGACGGGUUGAAACAAACUUUCCAUAUUUCUCGCGACCCCUUUCAAAAUUAUUUCAAUGCUAAUCUAAUCAAUUCCUUCCGAAACAAGCACGUGAAUGCGAACGUCGAAAUGUUUUUCAAAUCUGCUAUCCCUGAUUUAUCCCCAUCCAUUGUUCUUAGUCAUCAAGGCUAUUUGAUCGGUGCAGAUGUUAAAUUGGACUGUACAAAUCAAAUUCUUCAGAAAGCUAAUUUUGCUGUGGGUUAUGCAGUACAAGAUUUUAAUUUUCAUGGUUUAAUUACACAUUGGGGUAAACAAUUUUCAGCGAGCAUGUUUCAACGUAUAACUGAUCGAUUAGAACUAGCAGGUUCAAUUACAUGGAAACGUGUUCCUGAUGAAAUUGUCUGGGCUGUUGGAUCAAAGUAUAUAUUAGAUAGUCAGAAAAAACACUCGGUAAAAUUGAGACUGGAUCAUUUAAAUCAAAUUAGUUUAGCUUUUACCACAUAUUUAACAAAAGGUUUCCAAUUCACAUUGAGUGGUGUAUUCAAUGGUCCAGAUGUAACAAAAAUGGGUAUUGGCUUAGAAUUAAAUACAUUAUGCUAGAACAUAACGAAAAAUGUUGUUAUAAAUUACUACAGAAUCUAUACCAAUUAUUCUAUAUGAAAAACAUCAAUGUGAAAUGAUAAUUCAUUCAUUCACAGUUCACACUUCAUUUUUACCCGGUUUCCCUUUUUUUUGAAUACAACACACUGUUUGUUAUUCUUUCAUGAUUAGUCACAUAACAUAACAUAAAUAAAAGCAUCUCAAUUGUUAAUUAGAUUGUUCGUGUUGAAAUAGCACCUCUCUCUCUCUCACUCUGCAUGUGUGUAUGUGUGUGUGUGUGUGAGAGAGUUUGCCGUUCUUCUCUUGUUUUUCCAAUUACAUAGUUAUUAUAUCAGUCAAUUGUUCAUAUAUACAUACAUAUAUAUAUAUUUAUUUAUUCCACAGACAAUGAACAUUACAUUGUUCAAAUUUAUAUGACUUUUCUAGAAAAUAUAUUUUUGUUUCUAUUUUUA